AUGAGUGUGCCUGAUGAAAAGAGAGUACACGGCUCCGAUGCCAGUGACCAAUACAACUCGGAAGACAAGAGCUACAGUGAAGAUAAUGUUGCUCCUGCUCCAAACUACACCAAUUUGGCAGCACACUCUACUGCCAAGUCGUUUGGUAUUAGAAAGGCAGAGAUUAUGGCAGACCAAAUGAGCGGAUUCAUUCCCAAAGCAAUUUUCUAUUUCUGUGCCUUUUGUUGUUCGUAUUGUUAUGCUUUGGAUGGAACACUUCGGUCCACCUUCCAGACAUACGCCACAUCUUCCUACUCCAACCAUUCUCUCUUCACCACUGUCAAUGUUAUCAGAUCAGUCAUGGCUGCUGCUUCUCAGCCCGCAUAUGCUCGUUUGUCGGAUAUUUUUGGUCGUUUAGAACUUUUCAUUGUGUCCAUAAUUUUUUACGCUGUUGGAACAGUGAUUGAGUCGCAGGCUUUUGAUGUUCAGCGUUUCGCUGGAGGCGCUGUAUUGUACCAGUUGGGUUACUCCGGUGUUCAGUUGAUUUUGGAAGUUUCCUUGUCCGAUAUGUCUACCAUGAACUGGAGAUUGUUUGCCUCUUUUGUCCCAGCUCUCCCAUUCAUCAUCAAUACGUGGAUCAGUGGUAAUGCCAGUUCCGAAUUGUUGGCACACCACUCUUGGAGUUACUCUAUCGGAAUCUGGGCUUUUAUCUUCCCCUUGGCUAGUGUACCUCUUCUUGCCUGUUUUAUUUAUAUGAGAUUCAAGGCAGGCCGUACUCCUGAAUGGGCUGCCAUUAGACAAGAGGAGAAAGAAGCUUAUAAAGGAGCCAAGCAUUUCUUUAUUGAUCUCUUUUGGAGAAUUGAUUUGAUUGGCAUUCUUUUCAUUAUUUGUGUUUUCGGUUUUAUUCUUGUUCCUUUCACCAUUGCUGGUGGUGUUCACACUAAAUGGCAAAGAGGCUCAACAAUUGCCCCUCUCGUCAUUGGUUUCGUUUUGAUCCCAUUCUUCGUCUACUGGGAAUACAAGGUGGCUAAGUACCCUAUUGUUCCUUAUCCCCUUUUGAAAGAUCGUGGUGUAUGGUCUGCACUUAUUAUUGCCUGCUUGGUGAAUUUCAUUUGGUAUAUGCCAAAUGACUUCAUGUACACGGUUUUGAUUGUUGGAAUGAGAGCAUCUAUCAAAGCAGCUACUCGUAUCACUUCCUUGUAUUCGUUUGUUUCAGUCAUUACCGGUCCAUUGUUGGGUCUUGUGAUUGUUCGUGUCAAGAGAACAAAACCUUUUAUUAUUUUCGGUUGUACCACUUGGAUGGUUGCGAUGGGUAUCCUCUACCACUUCAGAGGAGACAACGAUGGUGUAAAUUCACAAAAAUACCUCAAUGGUGUUAUUGGAGGCUUAUGUUUGAUGGGUUUUGGUGCUGGUUUCUUCACCUACACCACUCAGGUUUCCAUCCAAACUUGUACAAACCAUGAGUACAUGGCCGUUGUUCUUUCGCUUUACUUGGCAGCAUACAAUGUUGGCUCUGCCAUGGGUACUUCUGUUUCUGGAGUCAUUUGGAACCAACUCAUGUACAAAGCCAUGGUGAAAAACAUGAGAAAGCUUGGUGUCGACACGGCUUUGGCCACUACCGCAUACAGUGAUCCUUACACUUUCAUCAUCACCAACGUGUGGGGUACUGAUGCCAGAAUUGCAGUGGUUUUGAGUUAUGCCGAGAUCCAAAGAAAAUUGUGUAUUGUUGGCCUUUGUUUGUGUGUUCUUUUAAUAGUCUUCGCCUUCUUCUUGAGGGACCACCGCUUGGAAGCUGUCCAGUCAUUGGAUGAAGCCCACGACCCAUCACAAGGAGUUCACGUCCAAAAGGAAUUGCUUGACGACACAGUUGUUGUGAACAACUAUGAUAAAGACCCAAUAGCCAAUUUCUUCAAGGGCAUUUUUAAGAGAAACAGCGUGUAA